CACUCUAUGUGUUAUUAUGAAGGCUUCUGCGGCAAAAGAUACUCACCUCUAGCAGACAUGCCCGGGUCAGUGUAUGAAACCUCCAAUCUGGAGCGAGGCGGCAACAGCAGGAAGAAGAAGAUAGAGGAAUUCUCUAGGUCUUCUCGGGAGAAAUUAGUCCAAUCGAAGAACAAAAUGUUCUCCAAAUUUACUUCCAUUCUCCAGCAUGCAGUGGAAGCGCUUGCCCCAUCGCUGCCUUUGCAGGAGGAUUUCGUCUAUCACUGGAAGGCCAUUACACAUUAUUACAUCGAGACAUCUGAUGAUAAAGCCCCAGUCACAGACACCAACAUCCCAUCCCACCUGGAACAGAUGCUGGACAUUCUGACACAGGAGGAAGCAGAAAGGGAGUCUGGGGAGACGGGACCCUGCAUGGAGUACCUGCUACACCAUAAGAUCCUGGAGACUCUUUACACUUUGGGGAAAGCAGAUUGUCCCCCAGGGAUGAAACAGCAAGUUCUCACCUUUUAUACGAAGCUGCUAGCGCAUAUUCGUCAGCCACUUCUGCCUCACAUCAACGUCCACAGACCUGUACAGAAAUUGAUCCGUCUGUGUGGGGAAGUGUUGGCCGCGCCGACAGAAAAUGAGGAGAUCCAGUUCCUCUGCAUAGUCUGUUCCAAACUAAAGCAGGACCCGUACCUUGUCAAUUUCUUCCUUGAGAACAAGUCGAAGAGACCAGAGAUUAAGAGUCCUGUGGUGACAGAAGGGGUGAAGGAGAGUGUUUUGGCUCCAGACACUGGUCAGUCUCUGGCAGAGGAGCCUCAGGCUGCAGCUGCUGCCGCUACCUCCAGUCCAACCAGUAACAAUAACACCAACAACUACAACCUGGUCACCUCUCUGCUCAACCUCACAAAGAGUCCUGAUGGUCGGAUAGUGGUGAAGGCGUGUGAGGGCCUGAUGCUGCUGGUCAGUUUACCAGAGCUUGCUGCUGCCAAGUGUUUAACGGAGAACACUGAGCUCUGUGAGCUUCUGACAGACAGGCUGGUCUCCUUUUAUAAAGCCCUCCCACAGUCCAUGGACCCUUUGGACAUUGAAACAGUAGAAUCGGUCAACUGGGGUCUAGAUGUAUACAACCUAAAGGAGGACGCAGCUGUCUUCACAGGGAAGAGGGCUCUCAUCUCUUUCCUGUCAUGGCUAGAUUACUGCGACCAGCUCAUCAAGGAGGCUCACAAGUCAGCAGCGGCGGUGAUGGCAAAAGCUGUGAGAGAAAGAUUCUUUGUGUCUGUGAUGGAGCCACAACUCAUGCAGACGUCCGAGGUGGGGAUCUUGACCUCCACAGCCCUGUUGAACAGGAUCAUAAGGCAGGUUACAUCGGACGCUCUGCUGCAGGAGAUGGUUUACUUUCUGCUGGGAGAGGAGAAGGAAUCAGAAACUUCAGCUACAAUCGCUCAGAAUCCGCUGAGGCACAGACUCAUAGAGCACUGCGACCACCUGUCGGAUGAGAUCAGCAUCAUGACACUGCGGUUGUUUGAGCAGCUCAUCCAGAAGCCCAACCAGCACAUCCUCCACAGCUUGGUGUUGCGCAACCUGGAGGAAAGGAAUUACCUGGAGAACAAACCGCAGGAGGAGCGGGAGCCUCUGGAGAAUGGCCAGCCCCAUGAUGCUGUAGAUCUCGAGGAGGAUCCCCUGUUUGUUGACGACCUCUCACCAGAUAGCAGGCUGUCUGCCUCUGAUUGGCUCAGCUCUUCUCCAACACAGAGUCCCGAUCACUCAAAGUCCGAUGGGAAGACAGAGGUCCACAAGAUCGUAAAUAGUUUCCUGUGUUUGGUGCCUGAUGAGGCCAAGUCAUCGUAUCACGUUGAAGGCACAGGCUAUGACACCUACCUCAGAGAUGCACACAGACAGUUCAGGGACUAUUGUGGAGUCUGCCAGCGGUGGGACUGGAGGGGAAAUCCUAAACCUUUUGAGAAGUGUAACUUGGACAUGCCAUUCUUCGAGGGUCACUUCCUCAAGGUUCUCUUUGACAGGAUGGGUCGUGUUCUUGAUCAGCCCUACGAUGUCAACCUGCAGGUAACUGCUGUGCUGUCCAAGCUGUCUUUGUUACCACACCCCCACUUGCAUGAAUAUUUGCUGGACCCUUACAUCAACCUGGCCCCUGGCUGCAGGUCUCUGUUCUCUGUCAUCGUCAGGGUGGUUGGAGAUCUCAUGCUGAGGAUUCACCGCAUCCCAGACUUCACACCCAAACUGCUGCUUGUCAGGAAGAGAUUAUUAGGCCUGGAGCCAGAGGGUAUCACUAUUGACCACAUGACCCUGCUGGAGGGGGUGAUCGUGCUGGAGGAGUUCUGCAAAGAGCUGGCAGCCAUCGCCUUCGUCAAAUAUCACGCAGCUGCCUCAUCCUCACCGUAAUCUUCCGCUGUUCUUCCAUCUGCCCUGGCCAGACAAGACAGGUCAGGACGAACUGAGCCUUGGGAGGGGGGUUGGUUUGCAGCACCGGUGGCACAGGGUCAGCAAAAUGUUACCACUUAACCGGUCUCCCCUGCAAGACUGUUAAACCUCACAAGGACGGACUUCAUCAUUCCCCGCCUCCUCUGACCUCUUGGGCUCUACCAUGAACAGUCUUUGGUUAUGUUUUUUUAGAGGGUCAGAGCACAGACACACUGCCCAGCCAGCAGAGGAGCGAGAGGACGAGGAUUGAGGUCGAGGUGCAGAGAGAUACUCACUGGACUCUUUUCAGCCUCUGUAAUGUCUCUCACUGCCCAUCCUUUUCCAUGUUUUCUUCUCUCAUCAGCCAAAAGAUGAAAACCUUGUAAUUAUGGUAUCAAGGAAAAAAAAAAAACACGUUUGUGUAAUUAUUUUCUGUCCCAUAACCACCUGUUUGUAAAUGUCAUUGCCUUAGUGUGGAAUCACACCUUUCAGUUACAGCAAAUUGUUUCCUUUUGAAACAUUUUUAUCUGAACCCCUCAUAUGUUGUCUGUUUGAAGACAAAUGCAGUAGAGAAAAAUAGAAAAAACCCACUCCCCCAACUCCUACAUGUACCUGUAGUUAUAUACAUAAAGAAGUGUAGUGUUUCUCAUACUGCACUCAGUUUUAAAGCCAAGUCAUCUUAUUUAUUUGUUCAUUUUCAGGUUGCCUUUUUAAUUGUUGUAAUAAGAUAAGAAGAAUCUAAUCAGUCGAUUUCAUGACUGAUUUAAUUGAUGCUAUUUUACUGCUUUUGCUUUUUUCAUCUUUCCUUGGUUUGUCUUUAAGUGUUCCUCUUGAAUCACCCAAAGAUUUCACCAUCCAUUGCAUUCUGUUCAAUGAAAUAGUGAAUUUGCAAAUUCUGCUAAUUUGCACGUGAACCUCGUCUAGUUGCACUUGUUUCAGUACACAUUCAUUCAUGGUGUUGAAGUGUGACGUCGUUUGUGGAAAGAGACUCUGAAUUCAUGAUUCCACGUCAGUGUUUGCUCUGGAUCGUCACUGCAGAGUUGUUGCUUUUCCCCUCACACACAUCAGUGUUGUCAAUAAUUUAUUCGCUCCAUUCAAGGGGAUGUGAUUUUAUUACACAGUGUCUUAUAUGUUUUAGUAAUUGAGGACAAUACUAUGGCUGGUUUCCAUCCUGUGCUAACUUGUGGCUUUAAACGGAUGCUAAAUUGUUGGUUUUUAUAUAUUUACAAUGUUUAGAGGGAAGUUUGAAAAAGAAAUUUGUCCAAAUAUUUUUAUCAUUUCAAACCCCUCUGGCUUAGCUCCAGAUUCUCAGUUUGAAAGCCACUGGAUUCCAGUUUGUCCAGAGCUCUGAGCUCCUUCAUAGGUUAUCAUUACUCCCUAUGUUGCAUUUACUUGCAGUAUUACUUUUUCAUCCUAAUCUUAAAUGACAAGGAAAUGUUCGGUGCUGUGCUUUGUUGGGACGAGUGUGUUGCCUCGGUAUCUCUGCGGGGCGUCUGAAAUUUCAAAUCUGACCUGGUGGAUAUCAGUGAUGCUACUUAACAUAACUUAGGUUUUUAUGUGAUGUUCCCAGUGUGAAUGCUGCAGUCAUUUUGGUAGGUGUAACUGGCUUUGAGUUUGUGUGUGUGAGACCAUUUGCUGGGCAGUCAUUCAUUGAAGCUACACAUCUCUGGUCUUUUAUCCUUGUUUUAGAAAGGUCACUCUAGCACCUAAUAUACAUUAUGCAAGUGCUUGCAUGAAAUCAGAUUUGCACAUUGUCUUGAUUCUUUUUGUAAUAUUUUUUUUCUCCUAAGAUGUUUCAUUUGUGAACCAAAACAAAACAAAAAAAAAAAUCUUGAAUGUCCCAGGAGUAAUAUUUCUAUUUUACUGGGGAAACUUUUUUUAAACUGUCAGUCAUGCACAUUUUUUUAUCAACUAUCUUUCCAACUUGUUCUGUACAGUUGUAUAUUGUAUAUGUACAGUAGCGACAGAGAUACUACCUGGUGUAAAUGCAUGCCUAAACAUUAUUUUUCACUGUUGAGAGAAAAAAAAAGGCAGUCCGGCCAGUGAUGGUUUCUUAGCUGUCAGAGCUUUGGUCUUCAAAGACGCUGACAGGAAGAAAGAUGCCUUAUCAAACACUGUGGAGGUCAAUAUGUGGGGUUUGUGCAUCACUGGUUUAUUGUCGUAUGCUUUUUAUGUUAUGUACAGGACUUGGUAUAUUCAGAUCUGAUGCCAACUGCUUUCACUUCAUGUCAUCUUAAGACCAGUCGCUGCAUUUUACUAUGUUCAUCUCUGCAUCUCAAAUUGUACAAUACUCAUAUCUAUUUCCUGGCCAGAUUGUGUGACUGUGCAAUGUGUAAUUGAAACAUUAAGGUAAGGUGCAUGCUCACACCUCCUAUUUUUGAUUCAAAAAUAAUCAGAAGCGAUCACUGCUGCCUCUGCAGAGGCAUUGGUUCAUUUAUUCCUCGACAGCUGUCUUCAUCACUGCUGUUAUACACAUUUAUUGGGUUUCAUUCAGCACAGUAUGGUUUUGUUCCAACAUUUCUCCGUCCCAAUAAAAAAAAAAAGUCCCUCAGCAGGAGAUGUGGUCAUUCUUCAAACAGAUGUGUUUCAUCUUGUUUUAUUACAAAAUGUCUGUACAAUAAAAGAAAAAUACACAAAA